GGUGACGUAGUGCCUCGCUGCUCGUGCUGGCAUCAGAGCAGAAUUUGAAACGGUGGAACCGGUAGACAAGAGCCGAAUCCUAGAAUCGAAACCGAUUUACCUCAGCAUGGACUAGUCAGACAAGCGUGUUAACUCUCUUCAGUUUCUUCAGAGUUUAUGACAAAUAGUUCGUCCGCUGUUGUUCCCGUAAGAAGAGGAAGAGGGUGUCCGUUUUAAACUUUAGUGUAGUGAUUUUGUCCUGCGUGAAACAUAACGCUGUCUGUCCGUCGGUCGGUGUGUAUUUUGAACAAAAUGAGGCGAAUCUCUUUGUACGUUUGUCUAAAUAAAGGACCGAGUUUAAUCUGGGAGUUUUAGCGGUAUCUUUGAGGGCUAAAUGAGCUAAUCUUCGCUAGCUGGGGAGGCUCUUAGCAUCGGUUAUCGUGUUUAAACUCAACCGAACUCACUCCACUAAUGCGAAUUAAUUUAUUGUCAACUCUUUCUGAAUAACCGCGAACUGAACACUAUUUUUCUGAAGCCUUUGUACCGUUAACGGAACACCGUGAGGAGGCCGGUGGCAGUGGGUGUGUUUUUUUUCCUGGUUGUGAGUCUGAACAUGAGCAGAGUGCUGGUUAAGUGAUAGGAAGCGGUCUGCAGACUUCACUGGACACUUGCAGGACACUCUCUGGUGGUGGUGAUGGCCCGGAGGAGGCUGGACAGUCGCAGUGGAUCCUCGGCUCUGCUGUCAGAGAUCCACACUCAAAUCCACACGGAUCCUAUGGACGCCGUGUUUGACAUGAGCAACGAACUGGGCAGGGGGAAGUUCGCAGUGGUGAAGAGGUGUGUAGAAAAGGCUACAGGGAAAGUCUUCGCGGCGAAGUUCAUCAAGAAGCGGCGACGAGGUCGCGACUGCAGGGCGGAGGUCAUACAUGAGAUCGCAGUUUUAGAGGCGGCCAAGAACAACCCGCGUGUGGUGAACCUGCACGCUGUAUAUGAGACUGAUCACGACCUCGUUCUAAUGCUGGAAUAUGCGGCGGGUGGUGAGAUAUUUGACCACUGUGUGUCAGAGGAGCUGCUGCCUGAAGGUCAGAUCACUCGUCUGAUCAGACAGAUGCUUGAGGGAAUUCACUUACUGCAUCAAAGCAGCGUGGUCCACCUGGACCUGAAGCCUCAGAAUAUUCUCCUGACGUGUCUGAGCCCAUUGGGGGAUAUAAAGCUAGUGGAUUUUGGCUUGGCCCGCAGGUUGGGCUCUGCUGGGGAGCUUAGAGAAAUCUUGGGUACCCCCGAGUACGUAGCCCCUGAGAUCUUGAACUAUGAACCAAUCACCACAGCAACAGAUCUCUGGAGUGUGGGCGUGAUCGCCUAUAUGCUGGUGACAGGAGAGUCUCCCUUCGUUGGCGAUGAUAAACAGGAGACCUUCCUAAACGUAUCCCAGGUGAACGUGGACUACAGCAGAGAGGCUUUCUCAAGGGUGUCUGAGCUGGCUGUCGACUUCAUCCGGAAACUGCUGGUCAAAGUGCCAGAGGACCGUCCCAGUGCAGCCGAUUGCAUGACCCAUCCCUGGCUGUGGCUCCACUGUCCAGGUUCCGACCUGAUCCCCGUGACCCCACGCACUCCCCGGGAAAGGAGUUUCGGUGGGAAGUGGUCCGCGCCACCCGAGGAUCCCGAAGACAAAGAAAACAUUCUGGACUCGCCGCACGUCAAGAGGUUUCGUUUUGAGGAGGACAUGUCAGCCACGGGCGACGGUGACCACUUAUGCUGAUCCGAAAGGGAAAUGCACUUGCACUGGAAAGCAUUGUCACAUGUUUAGUCUUUUGUUGGCCCCCGUACAGCACCAGCAAACAUGCUUCAGUCCUAAUGCUGUUUCCAACAUCCUUUGGCUGACCAAAGAUGAUCUUUUCACAAAAAGGCAGAUAAUAUUAAUAUUAUAAGAGUAAGAAUCUAAAUAUCUAUGUUGCUGUCCUGUCUCAAGAUGCUUUUUCCUGUCCUCUUUGGAUUUUAAGUUAUUCAUUUGAAUAGAUUUCUAUUUUAAUUGCCAUUGAGUAUCGAUUUAAUUCUCUGCUGAUCUUACCCCAUAUUAAUCUUAACACUAUUUGCAUUACUGCACUUAAGGGAUUUGAUAAAGACAGACGCUUGAGAGCGUCAGGGCAUUCGGUGGUUUUUAAUUCUGCUUUAAUGAAGGAUAAGAGUGUUUGAGAACUCUAUAGAGAUUUCAGAAACACCUAAUGAGAUGGUCUCUGUUGAAAAGGUUCAGUACAGAAAUGCCCUCUGUGUAUCGGUGUGUGUUUUGUCUAACAUCCUCUUCUUUCUUUUGGCUUUGACACGUUAGUGGGCUCCAAAAAUGUGACUCAACUCACACGCACAACACACCCUGGAUUACACAAAUAUGCGUUUGCAUUGGUCACAGAACUUCCUCCUAGAUAAUGACUAAAGAAGUACAGGAAAGCACUUAAACCCUUUAUUAUGUGUUUUUGUCACUAAAAUAAGAGAAAAUAUUUGUAACGGCCUUCGAUUUAGUAUAUCAACUGUAUCUGUUGAUUUUAAAAAAAUUUGGUUUUAAAUAUUCCCUUUUUUACUGCCAACCUAUUGUGUAAUAAACUAUUAUUAAGCAACACUCUAGCAUUUCCCCCAUGGCAGGCGCCUGAUAUCUCAAUGCCUGAGAUGGUCUAUGAUAUAUAAUCUUGAAAUGACAGUUUUUAUCUAUGCACCAAUCUGAGGUAACUCAGGGUUUUUGUUACCUUUUUUAAGCUAAUGCUAUUAACCGAUAAAGGUUUCAGUACUUGUUCAUUCCGAGCCUUGUUCUCAGGGUUAGCUGUAACUGCACAGUUUACCGGUGUAUAUUUCUUCAGUGCCUUGGUGUGCAUUUUUUUUUUCUAUGCUUGAGCCGUACAGCCUCACUUGAUCUACCAGUGCAGCACAUUUCUGUGGAUGUAUUAUUAUUAAUGUUUAUCCUGUUUUAAUUGAGAUACUGGUACACUCUUUAAACUAAAGGCCUGUUGUAUUUAAAAUAAAUUAUUUGUAUGUGGUUUUGGAUUUAGAAAGGAAAACAGUGUUAAAGGUAUAUUUAUCGGCUUGGAUUACGUAGGGCGUGAAAAGAUGGGAUAUUGAAGUUGACUGUUCUUGUUGAAACGAUAUGGUUAUGUUGGAAUAGUGAAUAGUGAAUGUGAUGAAAGUACAGAAUGAAGGCAAACGAAUGUUAGAAUAUUGUGGUGGAAAGUGUGUAGUCAUGCAAAAAAUACAACUAGCUCACGGUUUAUUCGUGUAAUAUUUUGUUGCCAGUUUUUCUGAGUAGCUGUUAGAACUGGAAAUGUUAGUAUUGCAGAAUUCAGUCUUAAGGCAGUGCCCUUGAGUUAUUGUUCUCUGUAUAAAGAGGUGUGAAGAGCUCAUGUGUGUUUGUGUGCUCAGGGCCUUACGGUUUCCCAGAGAUGUCACCAGUCUGCAAUCAUAAUAGGGCUAUUGUCUCCUAAGACGAGAGGCUCUUGUCACGGUCGUGUGCUCACUGUAUGCCGUCAUCUUAAAGGAAAACUUGAAUCCAUUCCUUGCCUGGGAAACAGCCUCAAUAAUGUUUAAGGGCCAUGAGGUAUUUGAAGCUGGAGUUCAAUAGAGAAUAGGGGCCAGACUUUGGAGAGCAUUUCUGAGCAGUCGCUGUGGUAUUUGCAGAAAGCUUGUGACAAGGGAAAACUUGCUAGAUUCUCUUUCUGUCUUAUGCAGGAUUAGUAAAAACUGAUAAUGGAAGAUAUUUCAUUUCAUGAUGGAAACUGUGUAUUUUGAGUUAUAUGUAUCAGAAUAAAUGAUGUUCAGAUGAUUUACACAAAUUCUAAUAAAGCCAUUGAGAGUC